UUUGCCAGAAACAAAUCAAUGCUUUUUAAGCUAAAAAUGCGCGGAAUAUUAAAUGAAGAAAAAGGAAAAAGCGAAGAAAAUAAAAGCUUGUGGGAAAGGCCGACGGCAAAAUAACAGCGCGAGAUAUGGGCCUAUUCUUCCCGGCUGCCGAAAAAGCCUCCCUACCACCAACAAUAUUUUUGGGAAGGUUCACAUCGAUUCGGCAAUGUAAAAUAAAUAGAAAAAUGCGCCAUAGGCGCAAAUGCGCGAGAAACAAAAUGAAAUGACGAGCGGGCCAUCAUAGCUUUAUGCCGACCAAAAAUAUUACACAAGUGCCAACCAACCAACUGCGCAAUGUUUUGUGUGCCUCCAAAAAUAAAUUAAAAAUAAGGAGUAUUAAAAUAAGGGCCAAAUGUGAAAAAAAUGAUAGAAAAAAUUGGGAAAAAACGUUUGGUUGUUGUGUCAGUCAAAACUCUCGGUUUGUGCGCUCCUUUUUUCAAUCCUUUUUCCAUCAAAAAACAUUUUUGGGCAUUGACGCACAGAAAAAAUAAAAAGUGGGAGAAGGGGUAAAGGAAAGUAAGGGAGCAACGCAGCAACGCGACGACCUCUUCACCCACACAAAAGCGCAGCAGUUAUUGUCCGUCAUCUUUUUUGGCCAUUUUGUUCUCGGCUGUAAGCUACCAACCCCCAAACUUUUUUUUCUACAAUUUAUUUUUCUUUCCAGCGGCGUGUGUGGGGCGCGAGACCAAUAUUUUAGGGACUUAAAAUGGUCGAAAGAUGGGGGAAGGUGGUGGCCAAGGAGACGAUUUUGCCGAAAAAUAAGGAGAAGGACAAAUUUUCUCGGCUGUUGGCGUAGUUUUUUGUUGUUGUUGGCUGCUGGCGCAAUGUUUUUGGGAAGGGGGUUAGGGGGAGGGGGGAAUUGUUUAGGGCGUGUGAAGGAAUUGUUUAGGGCGGUGGAUGAAAAGCUUUAUGUGCCCUUCUUUUCUUCAAAAAUUUUUUUUUGCUUCUUCCCUUCUGCGCACGAAACUAAAAAGAAAAAAUAUAUAGGAGCUUAAGGAAGAAAUGAGGGCCAUUGGGCUUAAGAAGAAUAAAAAAGAAAGGAUGGCGCAGUAGUUUUGGGCCAAGGAAUGCCCAAGGGGGUUGCCAAAAAAACUUAUUGGUUGCUUUUGGCCCUAGACUCUCUCCCUCCUUCUGGUGCGCAGCACUAAAAAAACUAGUGCUUACGGACGUAAAUAAAAUAUAAAAAAAGAUAUUGAGGUCCUUGAAAGAAAAAAAUGGGCCAAAAAGGACCUCUAAAUUCCUUAAUACUGGAAAGGCAUAAAAUAAAAAGUCUUUUGGUCUCGUCUAAACACAUAUCUGCGUCAGCCGUCCGGAAAAGAAGGUUUUAUGUAAAAUUGAAAAGCUAGUAAAAAUAUUAAAAAGGAGGGGGGUAGGUAAGUAAAUAUAGCCAUUUUCCAAUAGUUUUGUUAGUUGCGCGCAAACCCCCACCCUCUUACAAAAAAAAAUAAUUUUUUUUUCUUGACAUUUUUUCUUUGGCACAAGCCGGAAGCAUUUUUGCUGCGCUAAUGUCUCCAACAUACAUUUUAUUUUUUUAUUUGUUAGGUUUGAAUUGGGG